AUCAUGAACUGUGAGUAAUGGAUGUAAGAUGCUGUUUAGCGAGACUGAAACUGUUCUCGAUACUCUCAGAGAGAAAAUACAAAGCAAAAGACUGGUUAUCUCCUUUCAGUUAAGUAAUGUUCUGACCUUUGUAACUUGAAAUAGACAGUGGUAACACGAGCUCAGUGAUCAAUGCUGUGAAAUGGGUGCUUGUCUUUAAAAGAAGUAUUCUGUUCUUUGAUGAAAGGAUCAUAGAUGAUUGAAUCACUAAUCUGACAUAAGAGCUAGACUAACCAGCUGCGAUUUGUUAUAUAUGAAAAAUGACUUUUGUCACCGUCAUGGCAUGGCUGCCAAUGGAGGACAAUCCCCUGGUUUCCAUUCUGAAAGGACUGAUUGGGGCAUGUGGAAUAUCUCUGAUGUGUAAUCUGUUACGAGUGUGCCUGUUCGUCGAUUACACAAGACGCACACCAGCAGGUGGCACUUCUGAGAAACCAAACGAUGACGCGAGGUCGAUGAGUCGCCUCAGCAGCGGAAUCCAAUUCGUUUUCCUCACGGGAGUUCUGUCCCUUGUGGGAUCCCGCGUGUCCGCCCUUAUUGUCCUGGAGUUCAGCCUCAGGGCUUUCCUGGCCUCACUCUUGUUUGGACAGGAAAAUAGGCCUGAAGUCACUCAGCAGUUCUUGAUUCAGUGUCAGUUCUCCCUGGGCUGUGCACUCACCUGCAGUCUCCAGUUUCUCCAUGGCGGGGCCACGCAUCGCUGGCUCAGCCUCCUGCUGGCGGGUGGCCUGAGUUGGUUUCUGUCUAGCCAAGGUUGGCGCCUGUGGGCUCAUGUGGGCCGGUUCUACCCCCAGCACUGCUCUCAGCGUGACUGUGGGGUCUGCCUCAUCCUCGUCUCUUCUGGGGAUGCUCUGUUACCUACGCUACGCCGCGCCGUUGUCAUGACUUUCACUGUGGGCAUUGUGGCAGCCACUGCUGUGAUGAAUCAGCACUUCCUGUUGGGAGCAGAGGACCUGAAGUUUUGGACACCAAUGACUGUAAGCUACAUCCUGGUGCUGCUGCGGCUAUUGGAGGACGAGAAGAGCAGACCUGGCGGUCAGGUGAUGCUGCAGUCUGCUGGGCUCCGGGCGGGGGCCCUGGUCGUGCUGCUGGUGAUGGUAGGAAGCUGGGCUGAUGUGAUGCAGGUGCUGCUCUUCUUCUUGGGCGAGAGCCUCUGUUUGCUCCCCUCCCUGAGCCUCCUGCGAUCCACAGCUCCACUGGAAGGUCACAAGGAUCCUCAUGGCCAUUCAUCAUCUGAAUGACAAGAACAGGCUGCAUUUUCUGACUCAAAGAAUUGGGGCGUGAUUACCUGUUGGACCCAUUGCAUAAGACAGCGUCUCCUCUAGGUUGUGAUGUGGACUCAACCUGUUUUCUCUGCAGGGCGUGAUAUGUUAUGUAACUUUUCAAUCAUUAACCAGGUCUUAUGGUGCAUAAGGAGGCCAAAGCUCUGACAAUGACAAUGACUCAAACACAUGCCUGCAAUGACAAUGACUGCAAUGCCACAGGAAAUCACUCUCCUUUGGGAUUCGGGCUUAUAGUCUGUCAACAGCAUGGAACGCCAUGGCUAAAUGAGAUUCCAGUGGUUUCAGAGAAAUAAAAAAAAAGAAAGAAAGAAGGUUAUAGUUAGAGAAACAUUUUUUAGAGGACUGCAAUGUGAACAGAGAGAUAAUUGUGUGUCAAGGCUGCACUGUUCGGCCUGUUUUUUUAGAGCAGGCCUUUCUGCAAGGUCAGCAGUACCAUCUGAACAGAAGAAGAAGAAGAAGGUUGGUGGCAGUAAUGAACCUCAACCCCUGCCUCUUCAUGGACAAGGACAUGUGGUGACCCUCUCAGGCUCCCAGUAAACCUGAUGACUGGCAUGGGAAAAAAAACAUCCUCCAACAAUACCGUACAGUUUUCUAAACAGUCUGAACUUCAUUAUUUUUAUCAUUAUCAUAAAACAUGUACAUUGCAGUAACAGAAACAUCUACCUCAUUUUCAAUAACAACAUUCAUAUUUGUGGAGGGUCUGUGGUCUAUGAGUUUGACUUGGAUCACUACUUUAGUUUUUCUUGCGCUGAUAUAUGCACCUUUGGUUAAAUGUACAUCUUGAGAAUGUGUUUUAAAUGAUUGAAAAUACCCACAAAAUUCUUUUGAGAAUGUGUAUGAUACCUCACAAAGUGUGUUCACUGGCAAAAGAUUAAAUGCAAAAAAAGAAA